AUGAGCCCAGGACUCCCCGCGUACCUCUGAAAAACGCUCAAUGUACUUAAACCUAAAUGAUGGAUUGACGUAGCGUAAAUCUCCAAAGGGCAACAUGGGUGAAAUUUGAAUGAAAAGGAAAUGUCCUUCAUUUGUUCUAAACCUAUUAUCUGAAUUUGUUAUUCACUGUAAAAAUAAAUCUAUAUUCAAAAAGUGCGAAGGUUCUAAACCUUUUUAUCCUGAAGUUCUUGUAUAUCUAAUGAAAAUCUAUCUGUAAAUAAUAGUUCAUUCCAUCUGAUUAGCAAGAUUGGGAGUUAAUAUCAAUUUCCGAGGCUAUUGUGUGCGCAAAGAAAUAGAGGAUUUCAGUUUCUAAGGUACUUUAAAUUUCACAGUUUCUUUUCUGAUUCAUUUUCAUCUUAGAAAUGACCAAAAACAGGGCGCUAUAUUCAUGUGCUUAUAAGUGUAAAUUGUUGUAAAAUAAUGGGUAUUGGUCAUUUUCUUGAGCUCUUGUCUCCAGUUGCACAACAGGUGAAAAAGCCCAUUAGGGUCCCAAGGGUUCUACAGAGGUUUAACAAGCCCAUUUACAGUAAAAAACCAUCAGAAAUUCUAGAAAUAUUACAACCACUACAGACUCAAUGUAGCCGUCACUUGGACGUUGGUUGCAUUAGUUAUAAAGCCAAUGUGGGGAAAAUCAAAAGUUCCUUUAAUACCGCAGAUUCUCUUCAAAAUUUCUGUUUAGGGCAUUUGGGCACCCCCUGUAAUCCUAACUGGGGAUUAUUUGCCUAUGGGAAUCUUAGGGGAUUUUCCAAAAAUGGGAGUGGUUCGGACUGGACUGAUGAUGUUGUGUAUCUGGAUGAGUCUGGUGAGAUAAUUACAUCUAGCAAAGGAAUUAGGUCUGUUAAGCCUGGUGAAGAUGGUCACAUUAUGGUUGGAGGUGUAAAGAGGAUCUUUUCUGAUGCAGAAAUCGUGAGCAAAAUCAUCGAAAUUAUGAAGAGAUGGACAUGGGGGCCUGAAAUGGAGCUUCAACUGGACCGCUUGCAGUUUUGUAUGAAAAUGGUACAUAUUAACCAUGUUUUGAAAAGUCUAAAAGAAGUGGAAGUAGCUUUAAGUUUAUUCAACUGGGCAAAGAGGCAGAAUUGGUAUGCUCCUAAUGAGCAGACAUAUGAUAUUUUGUUAGAUGGUUUAAUGCGCGCUGGGGAUUCUAAUGGUAUCCAAUCUUUGCUAGAAAACAUGAAGAAAGAGGGAAGUGCUGUUCCUUUUAGAGCAUAUAAAAAGGUGAUUCAGCACUAUAUAGCAACUAGCAAAUUAGAACCGGCUUUUAGCUGUUUUAAACAAAUGGAAGAAGUCGGUUGUCUUGCUGAUGUAGAAACGUAUAACUCACUGAUGAGCUCCUUUUUGAAUAUGGGUCUUCCAUAUAAGGCUUUUGAGAUUUAUGAAGCAAUGGAGAAGUCAAGUUGCAGGCCUGAUGCACUUACUUUUGAGAUGAUGAUUCCAAGUUUAGCAAAGUCUGGCAGACUUGACACCGCUAUCAAGCUUUUUGAAGACAUGAAGGCUCAAGGUGUUCGCUCAAAUACUUUGAUCUUUACAUCUCUUGUUGAUUCAUUGGGAAAAGCAGGGAGGUUGGACAUGACCAUGAAAGUCUAUAUGGACAUGCAGGCAGCUGGUGUUCGGCCUUCAGCGAGUACUUUUGUUUCUUUAGUAGAAUCAUAUGUUAAGGCUGGAAAACUAGAAAUGGCAUUAAAGAUCUGGGAUGAGAUGAAACAGGCAGGCUUUAGACCUAAUUAUGCGCUCUACACCAUGAUUGUGGAAGCAUAUGCAAAAGCAGGGAAAUUGGAUAUUGCUAUGUCAAUAUUCUCAAGCAUGGAAAAGGCAGGGUUUUUGCCCAUGGCAAGCACAUUUUCUUCUCUAGUGGAAAUGCAUUCAGCACGUGGACAGGUUGAUCAAGCCAUGAAACUUUACAACUCCAUGACUAAUGCUGGGUUAAGACCUACUCUAAGCACAUAUACAUCACUACUGACAGCAUUGGCAAAUAAAAAGAUGUUGGACAUGGCAGCAAAGAUUUUGUUGGAUAUGAAAUCUGUAGGUUUCACUGCUGAUGUAAAUGCGAGUGAUAUUCUGAUGAUCUAUAUUAAGGAAGGGUCUGUUGAUUUAGCUUUAAGAUGGAUGAGAUUUAUGAGCUCUGCAGGGAUAAGGACAAACAACUUUGUCGUUCGUCAACUUUUUGAUUCAUGCAUGAGGAAUGGUCUGUAUGAGUCGGCAAAACCUCUUCUUGAAACUUGUGUUUCGUCCGCUGCUAAAGUAGAUCUGGUGUUAUACACAUCAAUUCUAGCUCAUCUAGUACGAUGUCAAGAUGAGCAAAAAGAAAGGCUUCUAAUGUCAAUUUUGAGCACCACAAAAUAUAAAGCUCAUUCUUUCAUUUGUGGACUUUUUAGUGGCCCAGAACAGAGAAAGGAACCAGUGCUUUCUUAUGUAAGGGCAUUCUUUCAAGGUAUUGACUAUGAAUCAGAGGAAAGUGGAGCACGAUACUUUGUCAAUGUGCUAUUGAACUACCUUGUUUUGAUGGGUCAAAUAAAUAGGGCACGUUGUAUAUGGAAAGUUGCAUAUGAAAAUAAACUUUUUCCUAAGGCAAUUGUCUUUGAUGAGCAUAUUGCUUGGUCCCUGGAUGUUAGACAUCUGUCUGUUGGAGCAGGAUUAGUUGCUGUGAUACACACCCUGCACAGGUUUAGAAAGCGCAUGCUUUACUACGGUGUCAUUCCAAGAAGAAUAAAAAUUGUUACAGGAUCAACCUUGAAAAUUGUGAUAGCACAUAUUCUCAGUACAGUAAAUUCUCCAUUUGAGGUUAGCAGGAUAGUUCUGAGGGCUACAGGCGAGUCUGUUCUUGAGUGGUUUAAAAAGCCAAUUGUUCAGCAGUUCCUUCUAAAUGAGAUUCCUUCAAGAAAUGAUAUUCUUAUGCACAGGCUCAAUACCCUAUUUCCAAGUUCAUCGCCUGAGGUUCGGACAUCUUCCUCCUCCAGAACAACCAGCCUUCGUAACUAGUGGCAAGACAAAGAAGUGAUGGAAUGACUUUUAGUCUGAGAUUUUCUUAGAUAUCGGAUUUUGAUAUUCAAUAUAAAUCAAUGGAGUUGAUUUCAAGCUCAAAUGGACAUCCUCAGAAUCUUAAUAUUUUUCCACAGAAGUAAUUGUGUGUCCUAUUGUUUACAAGCUUGAUUGUUUGGUAUCGAAAAUUUAGAUAAAUACCAAAAUGGCUUAAUCAUACAUUUGCAUUUUAAUUGCUAAUUUGUAUAUUGUAGUAUUACAGUUAAUAUUGACUCGUCUUGAUGUUGGUUUUGCUAAGGCAAAACAAAAUAUCAAAAGUGCUCAUUAAUUGGAGACUAAUUUUCUGAUC